GACCGUACCUCAGCUUUGCUGGCUUUUCAACCUUUACACCUAUAGCAUUCGGAGGGACGCUGUCCUCUUUCCAAACCUUCUCCCUUCAUCCUCUUUUCUCCCUCAGAUUCUUCAGGUCAUCAUUGUCCCAGAAAAGAACCAUUCUACAAGAAGAUUCAGGGUUUCUAAAAGUUGAAUACCAAGAAAAGUGACUGUUGAAACAUCUUUGUCCCGUCAUCAGGAUGUUUUGCGGCCGUAUCUUCAGCGUGCUUAUGGCAUCUUUGAGCAUCGUCUUACUUUUGAUGGCACUCAGCACUGAUUACUGGAUAGUAUCUUUUGGUCCUGUUGGGACAGCCCACAGUGGGCUGUGGCAGUUUUGCAUGAACCUUGGAGCAUUCAAAAGCCAAUGCGAAGCUGUAAAGGAGCCCUUUGGCUACAUCACAGCUACCCGUGUGUUUCUGAUUUUGGCUUCCCUGGCAGCUCUGGCAUUACACUUCUUUCUGAUUGCUGCCUUCGUGCCGUCCAUGUUUGGCAUCCUGGGAAAGCCCUUGGUUGCUUCCGUGGCUGCCUAUGUGGCCGGAUUCUUCACUCUAAUAGCCCUCGCUGUGUAUACAGCCGAAACAUGGCAGGAGAAGCCACCAUCUCAAAUCCAGGUCUCCUUUGCAUGGUCUUUCUACUCUGGAUGGAUUGCUUUCCCCCUGUUUCUCUUGGCUGGUGCUUUCAACCACAUUGCCUCCUUGAACGCUCCAUCUGCUAGCUAUGAAAGGAUAUGAAAGUCCCGGUCAACAAGAGAGCAAGCACAAUUGUACAGAAGCUUUUUCUUAACAAGAAGGUGCCUCAUCCCUACUUCUUCUGGACCAAUGCAUCUCCCCAUCUCCAAUGCAUUGCUCAGCUGUACCGUUUUUGUGUUU